AAAGUCACUCUCAACACAACAAAUUCACAUUCCAAGAAUAGACAAUUUUCCGGGCCGGGCCGGGCCGGGCGGAAACACCACAAUUUGUGUCGAAAAGUUAAAAAGUAGUAAGAUACUUUGUUAAAAAGCCCUCAAAUUUCCAGCCUGUAAUUUGGUCCCAAUUCAAACAAAGCAAUGAAUAAACCAACAGCAGCCGUAGCUCUUCACUACACUUUACUACUUGUAUUCUUAUCCACAUCACAAACUGCUGCUGCCUACACCCAAUCUGAAGCCCUGUCUCGAAUCUACCAAGCCAAGUUAUCGAAAACCGGCAUCGUCGACACCGCCCGUCUCAGCCUCGAUGAUGAGGAUGCAGCAAGAACACCAGCCCAUGAACAACAGUUGAAGAUUGAGGAUGAAAUCGAGAGGCUGCCGGGGCAGCCGCCUGUCGAGUUCAAGCAGUACGGCGGAUAUGUGACCGUCGACCGCGCCGCGGGCCGAGCUUUUUAUUACUACUUUGUGGAGGCUGAGGUUGAUGAUCACCAUUCUCAGAAGCAGAAGCAGAAGCAGAAGCUCCCUCUUCUUCUAUGGCUCAAUGGAGGACCAGGGUGUUCUUCUCUUGGAUAUGGAGCAAUGCAAGAACUUGGACCCUUUAGAGUUCACAGUGAUGGCAAGACACUCUACAACAACCCUUUUGCUUGGAUCCAUGCUGCAAAUGUGCUGUUUGUGGAGUCUCCCGCCGGCGUUGGGUUCUCAUACUCGAACACUACGGCGGAUUACGACGCAAGUGGCGAUAAAAGAACAGCCAUUGACAACUAUAUGUUCUUGUUGAAUUGGUUCAAAAGAUUUCCCGAAUAUAAAAACUCCGAUUUUUAUAUCUCCGGCGAGAGCUACGCCGGCUAUUACAUACCUGAAUUAGCCCAUGCCAUUCGCCUCGGCAAUUCCAAGCCCCGGAACGCUAAAAUCAAUCUCAAGGGAAUCAUAAUAGGAAAUGGUGUGAUGAACGACGAGACGGAUCAGCGAGGCAUGUAUGAAUAUUUCGGAAGCCAUGCUCUAUCCGCCGACGAGACCAUCGAUACGAUAAUGAAAUAUUGCAACUUCUCGCCGGAUGAAGAGCCGCAGUCGAAUAAAUGCCUAAAUGCCUUAUAUGAGACCUUCAAAAACAUCGAUUCGAUCGAUAUUUACAGCAUUUAUUCUCCUACAUGUUCCAAUUCUAACCUCACGGAUAAGCCUAAAAAGGCUUCGAUUGAGGCAGUAGAUCCUUGCAUGGAGCAUUAUGUGUCUGCAUACCUAAAUAGACUCGACGUACAGAAGGCUCUCCAUGCUAAACUCACCAAAUGGCAAGCAUGCAGUAACUUGGCUCAAAAAUGGCAAGACAGCCCAUCAACAGUCAUCCCUCUGCAUAAAGAGUUUUUAUCUGAUGGGAUCCGAGUUUGGAUAUAUAGUGGAGAUACUGAUGGGAGGAUCCCAGUUACUUCUACAAAGAAAUCCAUUAAAACCAUGAAUCUUGCUACCAAAACCUCCUGGUGUCCAUGGUACCUCGGAAACCAGGUUGGUGGAUACCGACAAGUAUACUCAGGAAACCUUACGUUUGUUACGGUAAGAGGCGCUGGUCAUCAAGUCCCCACUUACCAACCUGCUGCAGCACUUUCUCUUAUUCAACAUUUUCUUGCUGGGACACCUCUCCCAACUUAAUUAAUUAAUUAUUUAUUUAUUUAUUUUAUUUUUAAUAAUAUUGUUUGCUGCUUAAUUACAUUAUAUAUUCACUUAUUCAGUACUGCGCAGAUUUUCUAAAUCUAACACCCAUAAUAUAUUGCAUUUGUAUUAUAUUGAUAUAUACAAUAUGUUUUCACACACGAUAGCACUGUGUAAUGCAAGAAAGCACACCAUAUACU